AUGAAGAUCUGUUGCAAACCAAACCAAACCAAGCCACAUAAGAAUAUUCAAGAAGUGGUAAAGCAAGUCCAGCGUGAUCAGAAUUAUGUAACUGCUGCAUGUUUAUCCAAGCAAAACAAUGCCAACCAGACAAGGACACGGACGGGGAGGCAGGCAGAUAGACAGGGAAGCAUACAGACAGACGGGGAAAUAGACAAGGAGGCAGACAGACAAAGACGCAGACAGACAGGGAAGAAGACAAACAGGGAGGCAGACAGACAAGGACGCAGACAGACAGGGAAGAAGACAGACAGGGAAGAAGACAGACAGAAAGGCAGACAGAGAAGGAAGCAGACGGACAGGGAGGCAAAUAGACAAGAAGGGAGACAGACAGAAAGGCAAACAGACAAGGAGGCAGACAGACAGGGCAACAAACAGGAAGGCAGCCAGAAAGGGAGGCACACAGACAAGGAAGCAGACAGUCUGGGAAGCGGACAGACAGGGAGGAAAACAGACAAGGAAGCAGGCAGACAGGAAUGCAGAGAGGUAGACAGACAG